UCCCUUCCCAACAAUCCAACCAAUAAUCCUUCAAGGGUCUCCAAAAGUAUUCAAGCUACUUUGGCUAGUCAAACCAACAAUCCCAUUGGGUGGUCAGCGUUUACGAGGGCAUACCCAAAAUAUACAAUUAGAAAAGAAGCACGCAAUAUCUUUCCACAAUAAUCAUCUUUUUCUUUUUCUUUUUCUUCCCUCGAAUUCUUUAUACGAUCUAUUCAAUCUCUCUCUCCUGGAUCCCAUUCUACUUUGAAUCAUUUCCGCUCUCGAUUAUCUCCAUUACCCAUUGAACUCCGCCGUCGGAAGUGAAAGUUGAUUAAUCAUAUCAAUCCCCCAUUUCCCUUUCCCAUUCCCACCGGAACAAUCCCACACGAUAUAUUCUCAGAUAUUGGCCAAUAAUUCCUGUUUGCAAGCAUAGCAACUCAAAAGACUAUUCGAUCACCGCUACAACUAGUUGCAUGCUUCUUUAUAUGGAGUACCGAGCCUAGAUUGAUUGUGCUUCCCUACCAACAUUUCUCACAUCCCACUCUUCCGAUUGCGCCCUUAAUUUCACACGGGGGAGUCAUAGGCCUGUACCGAUAUUAUCCCCUUAUCAGGACGGAUUACACACAUAUUGGUAGUGCACCCUCCCGUUACAACAAAAUAAUAAAUAUCUUCUCAAACCGCCAAUCGAAAUAAAAGAAAAAGAAAUUUAAUCCUUGAUUUUACUUCUUCUGAUCACUCCUCAUACCAUCAUCAUCAUCAUCGAUCUCAUACAUCAUCCUCUCCAAUCCUUACUCACCUGGACCGAUUUAAUUCACCAUCACGAGAAACAUUCACAAGACCGAGAUCGACCGGGGGAGACAAUAGACAAUCUAUUCUAAGAACUAUUCACGAGUUAAAGGAUACCAAGACAUAUUACAUUCACAACAUACCUGAGAACUUAUUCGACGAGUUUCGUCCUUUUCGAUUUCCUAUAAAUUUCAAGGAUUGUCUCAAUACAACCAAAGGAAGAACUCAACUUCCUAAACGCCAUAAUGGCACACUCAACAAGACCGUCCGCUUCUCGAACGCACACUGCACCGGCACUUGCCCUAUCUCCUAAAACAAGUUCAGAAAAGAACACAGAGAAGAAGGCGCAUCAUCAACGCAGAAAGUCAGGAAAGGAUUAUGCGGUAGUGGCGGAGAAGAAACCUAGUCGACCGACAACUUUACAUAGAAGAGUAACACCACAAGUUAUUACAAAGGCUGGCAGAAGUAAGGAAAGAGAAAAUCAAUACUUGGAAAAAGAUAAUGGAGAGAGUUUUCCACAAUUCUGGUAAGUUUCAUUUGUCAAACGAUGGGCAUGACAACUCCUUGGAUUGGAAAACGCGGGGUGCAUAUUGGUGGCUUAAAACUGACGAAUUACUAUAGUAUGACCUGCGAAAAGCAAUUUACCCCAGCAAAUAAUACCUUUCUCUAUUGCUCUGAAGAGUGAGGAUCCCCAUUAUUUCCGGAUUGUAUUGCAGAAAUCUCUAACAAAAUUAAUAGUUGUCGUCUUCAUGAUCAAGCCCCUACAUAUACUUCUCGAUCGAACCCAUAUGCAACAGCUCCAAACUCUCCACCAUUGACCCCUUUCAUGUCAAGCGCAGCUUUACACUUCCCAGAAGAACCUCGAGAUAUCGUACCUCGACUUUCCCCCACACAAUCUCGACCUCGAUCAUACUUCAACUCCUCACCAUACCCCACCGAUUUCUCAUCCGCCUACCACGCACCAUCCGCAUCCCUCCCCGCAUCUCAGUUUUACAACCCAUCACAAGCCGAUACACACUCCUCAAGCGCAUUAGAAAGCUUAAGAGAAUUAGCCACCGCGCUCCCUCGACUACAACCCCAAGAACCAGAAUCUCCACCAACCACCACACUCUCGAGGACUUCCUCUCAAGUUUGGAACUACAUGCCUUUUACGAGCAGAACCACCACACCCACUCCUCUCGCCACGCCGGGAAACUCAUACUCCAACAGCGGAACCAGCUACCCGGCCCGUCGCAGCCGAGAAGAUUUAUAUGCUUUUGGAAAUGGUCAAACAUUUACCAGCACGGGGGGUAUGGGUAUGGAUCGACCAUUACCACCACGAAGUGGUCCAGGUGGAUACGGACAUCGACCUAGGAGUAUCGAUCUCGUUACACCAUACACUGGUGUAUAAAUCGAGAGAAAAGAAGCUCUAACGAGCACAUAUCAAACAUAUUUUUUUGAUUUUUUUGAUUAUAGAUAAUGGAACGCAUGGCGAGUAUUGCGUUACUGCGUCAUUGUGGUAUAUAGAUUACAGCAUGAAGUGAAGUAAAAUGGGAGGGGAACAUUGAUUUUGGGUUGGGAUUUGUUUUCUAUGCU